CACCUUCACGAGUCUCUCUCGCAGUUGUCUCAAAAAAAAAGAGUCUCUCUCGCACCAAUCGGCAGCUCGUUUCCCCACCCCCGCCGCCGCGCCGCCAUGCUCCGGCUUCGGCGCUGCGUCCUCACCCAGCUCCUCUCGUCUCGGUCCGCCUCUCCCGUCUCCCAGCUCCGCCGCCUCAUCUCUGCCGCCGCGCCCGUCGUCUCCCCGAACCCUAGCUUCGCGGUGGAGAACUACCUCGUCGACACCUGCGGCCUCACCGGGGCCCAGGCGCUCAAGGCCUCCGCCAAGCUCAACCACCUCAGGUCCCCCUCUAAUCCCGACGCCGUCCUCGCCUUCCUCGCCGGCCUCGGCCUCUCCAGCGCUCACAUCGCCGCCCUCGUCGCCAAGGACCCCAAGUUCCUCUGCGCCGGCGUAGAGAGGACCCUGGCCCCCGUCGUCGUCGGGCUCACCGGCCUCGGCCUCUCGCAUCCUGAGAUCGCGCGCCUCGUCUCGCUCGGCGGCGCCCAGUUCCGUUGUAGAUCCAUCGUCUCCAGCCUACAGUACUACCUGCACCUCUUCGGCUCCGCCGAGAAGCUCUUCCGGGUCAAGUAUGGCUCCUGCCUUCUCUCGUCCGACCUUGAGCUUGUGAUCAAGCCCAACGUCGCGUUCCUGGAGGAGUGCGGGCUGGGCGCUUGCGAUAUUGCCAAGCUGUGCACCUACGCGCCAUGGUUGCUUAGCACCAAGCUGGAGCGUCUCCAGGCAAUGGUUGCAUGCGCCGAAGGUAUAGGCGUGCCUCGGGGCUCUGGGAUGUUCAGGCAGGCGCUGCAGGUCGCAUUCUACGGCGAGGAGAAUAUCACAGCCAAAGUGGACCACUUGAAGAACAUGUUCAGGUGGUCGGAUGCUGAGGUGCGCAUUGCUGUUUCCAAAGCUCCAAUGGUGCUGACUUUGUCCAAGGACCUGCUGCAGAGGAAGUCAGAGUUCCUGGUCUCUGAAGUUGGGUUGGAACCGGCAUACAUGGCUCAUCGGUUGACAUUGCUCACUUGCAGCCUAGAGGGCCGGCUAAGGCCCUGGUACUAUGCUGUAAAGUUUCUUAAGGAAAAUGGAUUGCUAGAUCAUGGACGAGACUACUAUGCUGCAGUCGUGCUGCGCGAGAAGGUAUUCAUGGAGAAGUUCAUAUGCCCUCACAAGAAAGCUGCACCGCAACUCGCCGAAGACUAUGCAGCAGCUUGCAGAGGGGAAGUGCCGGCUAGAUUCAGAUUUACAUGAACAAGACCAGUAUGAAAUUUCGUAACAUUUUUGCUCUUUGUGUGAGAUUCAAGAAAAACAUGCAACACAUGUGGUGGCUUCCAUGAGCUAAGCUGGAUUGUCGAAGACUCGAAGUAAUUGUUCUUUAGGGUGACGGCGUGUCCUUGAUGGUGGCGCGGAUAACGAAGAGAUCGCCGCCUCCCUGGGGAUGAUCAGGAGACAACGCAGCAGCAGCAGCAGCAGAGGGGAAGCUGCAAUAAUCCUGCCCUGCAAACUCAGCAGCACAUGUUCCCAGCCCUCUAUAUUUACACAUACGCCUACUAAAAUUUUAUCAGCAACGAUGUACUAGUAUUGUUCUGUUUCCAGAGCAAACUCCCCAAGGUUUAUUUAGAUCAGCUGAGGAGGCUAAUAUACUGACUGCAUAUUUGGACAGUGAUGGUCCAUCAUUCAGGGAAAAGUCAGACAUCUGCAAGUUCAUGAUUGUGGACUUUACACAGAGAAGAGAGCCUGCCUACUAUUCAUACAUGCAAAUAAUAACGCAGUGAUGGAGCUACAAGUUAAGUCGUACCGAAGCUAAAAAACUGGGGUUUGAAUGAACAUGACAGGUAUAUGGUGCCACGAACAGGGAAUUGGAGUCAGUUCAACUACAUAGAUAACCAGAUUAUGAGCAGUUAUGACAAGAUAGUGCAGAUCUAACGAGACAUUCUUGUUCCCAAAGAGCAGCAGCAAAGGGGAAGUUCCGCAGAAACAACGGAGAACCAGCUCAAAUUUCCUGACAGUCAAGUGCGCCGCACACACACACGGUAACUACAGCAGGAGCCUUUGUUACAUGCCCAACAUUGCUCUUGUACGCUCCAUGGCCCUCUUCUCUUAAUUGUGCACAAUAAACAUUUCCCUUCUUUUGUGGAGAUCUUCAUCCACAUCCAACUUCCAUUUUACAUUUUAAGUUAACUGAAAAUAUUUUGGUCCUGCCACUUGCUCAUUGUAGUACAAAACACUAGCUCAACUUUAGAGUGGAACCAAUUUGUGGACAUCUUGAUGCACAAUUCAUUUCAGCUCCACAUUUUUAUUUCCAUUCAACUAUAGUUUGUACAACAUCGAGAAUCAUUCCAGUUGUUCCAUUGCUUAUAUAUCUAUGUACAGCACAGCACCCAGCCAGCAUACCAGAAAAGGUAGGGGGGAAAUAGGCUACUCUUUCAGAAAUACCUGACCCCCAAAAAAAAUGCAAAUUUUGAUGCAACACAAUAUGAUUAUUCUUAUUUCAGCGAUUGGCGCACCUUCUACUCGCUGUCACCCGUGUCCUUGUCUCCAACCAGAUAGAGCUUCUGCCCGUCAUUGACCAUGUCCACAUCCUGGACCGUCAUGCCAUCCUGACAGAGCAAGCGCAGGCAUGAGCUGGACAAACCCAGUUUCUCCUGGGCUGACCUGAUGAGUUCGUUGAUAGUGUGAGGAAUCCACAGCAUCACCCCUUCCUUUCGCUUGGCAUCAGUAUCCCAUGGAUAGUAAGGAAACACGGAGCAUCGUCGUGUAUGCAUCUUAUCUGCCAACAGAAGUUCUUUUUGUCAUAAAUGAACAAUGUGCACGUGAUUUUCGCAGAGGUGCGAGCUUUGAACUUGCCUCUCACUUCUUCGCCUUGUGUGGGGAACUUGGAGAGCUCAUCGGCUUUCGCCUGUUCAAGCAGCAUUAUAAAUGGCUUACUCCCGGACUUGUGUCCUUCAUCCAGAGGAGUAGUACCGCGUCUGCAUAAUUGGCAAUGUCAAGCUCAAGCGUGCCUUCGAAGUUACAAACUAAGUACUUCUUUAGCAAAAGUAUUACACUCUAAGUGGUUUCAAGCUUGAUGGCACAGAUAAAAGAUGAAGUAUUGUUUGGUGGUACCUGUCUGUUGCAAGGACACUUGCGCCAGCUUCUACCAGCAACUUCGCCAUAAUAUACAAGCCCUCUGCAGCAGCUAUGUGGAGAGGAUUGCGGUGGUCGUAGUCUUUCGAGUUUGGGUCUACACCAUAAGCUAGAGCUCCCCGAAUGAAAUCAGAGUCUCCCUUCGAUACUGCUAUGCAGAGAUGGCUACCGGCAUUCUCGAGGUUCAGCUUGGCUCCUUUGCUGAAGAGUAAUGUGGCCACUCUAUCAUGCCCCUGCCUCACCGCCUCUAGUAAGGGCGUGUUCCCAAAUUUAUCUGUUAUCGAACAACAAUUAAGUGCAUAGAAGUGUGUGAUCACAUUACUAUACAAGUUUAUAUGCAAGAAGCUGGAAAAUUGCUGCAAGGAUGCAUUUCGACGAGUGAGCAUACCGGUCAGAUUGAUAUCAGCCCCUUGAUGGAUAAGGAACUGCACAACAUCUUCAUACCCUCUGGAAGCUGCAAGAUGCUGCAGCAAAGAUGCUGGUUACAUCAGGCAUGGAAUAUUCAUCAUGGAGGUUUCAAUUUUUUUGAAUUAGAUAAGAACCAUAUAACCAAAUCUUAGUAAUUUGUACCAAAGGAGACCGCCCAUCGUAAUCACUGUUCUUUGGAUUGGCUCCAGCUCGGAUUAAGCCAGUCAACUGAUGAAGGUCGCCAUAAAAAGCGGCGUUAUUAACUCUUAAGUCGGAGAUAGCACAUCAAGAAAAAAGAUGCAGUAUCUAUGAAUACUGGAAUUAGAUGAAAUAAUUAAUGGCAUGUUGUUUGUUUCUACUAUUUACCUCGGUAAGAUUGCUCAAAAGUUUUCUUCCAUCAGUGAAAUAAAUCUCCAAUAUGUGUGCGAAGGACUCUUUAUCCAACCGUAAGAGCCUGCAAAGUUCGCAAACACGAACAGUGUAGGGCUGUGGAAUAUUGCAGAGAAUAGCAAUUUCUCCAAAAGAAUUCCCUUGCUCCAACAUUAGAAUAGUCUCUUGACCAUCUUCACCAACGGCAGCACCUUCCUGAAUGGAAGAAUAUAUGUUGUCUAAGAUGGAUAAUAACUAGUUGUAAGGUCAAAUUUCAGCUAGGAAUGGCUGCACCCAUUAGCUUGGGACACAAUUUGUGGCAUUAGAAAUGUACACGAAAAGAACAACUUAGUUGUGGUGCAUGUGCAUUAUUAUGAUACAAUUGUAAGUAGAGAAUUUUUGUCACAAUCGACAGUACAUUUAUAAAUACAAAGAUAAACAGGUGGUGUGAAAAAUAUGUGAAUACAACGUUAAUAUCAAGAGUAUAUACAACGGCAUAAGAUAUAUAUCACUGAAAAUUUCUGAGUAAUAUAUGGGUGGUUUGUGUACACUCUGUAGCUAUACCCCAUUAGUAUUCAUUGGAGUUCAUGCUCUGAGAUUUGCAUCCCUACUUAGAGAAGUCACACUCUUAGAUAUAAAAAUGUGGAACCACCAGAAGGAAUUUAACAAUAACCAGUAUAUUACGGAAAGGCACACAAUAGUAAACACAUAUGAAAACCAAAAGACUCGAUAAUUAACCAAUUUGGUUUAGGCUUUGAUCAUUUUUUAAGGAUUGGACUAACCAGUGCACCCUGACAGACAAAGUAUAACUGGUCAACCGCACUCCCUUGCUCCAAAAUAACUUCUUCUGGUAAGAAGAACUCCUCUUGCAGCCUAAUCACCUGCAAGGAGCAAAGACGCAUUAGAAAAAUCUUGGGAAUAUCUUCAAAUUUAUACACCAGAUCAACAUGCAUAAUUUGUCAGAAUGAAAAUAGCACGCACAAUCUGUUGAAGGAAUUCUUCCGAACAUCCUUUGAACAAUGGUGUCUUUUCAAUGUAUGGCAUGUACAGUGUUUGCGAAAUCUGCAAUUACAAAAUAUAUCAUCAGUCAGAGACUCACAACAGACAAGAGCAUAUUUGAUGUGCCGUGUUGAAGACACAAGACUUACAACUGCAAGCUGACUAUUUUAGAGAACUACAUCACAGAAGAAUGACAAGAUCUCCAAAUUAUAAAUGUCAUCACCUUUGCACGAAUAGAAACAGGAAUAUCCCGAAGUACAGAGGCUUCAGUGCAGCUGCUCUCAUACUGCAACCUCAAAUGUCCCUUGAUCUGCUCUCUGAUGUCCUUUCCAAGUCUAUUUCUGUUCAUAUACCUGAUAACUUCUUUCAUUUUAUCCCUGAAUCGCUCGGUUGCCGAGCCUUUCACAAUCAUUGCAGUCAUGUUACCGAUAAGGUAAGCUCCAAGAACCAUAUCAAAGGAAACAUAAAUCAUGACAAAUAUCAUUUCCCUAACAUUUACAGCAUGAAUGUCACCGUAAC